AACGAAACAGAUGUUAAGUUUCGUUUCCUGACCUACAGCUGAUUCUGUCAUAUAAAUAAAGCGGCUGUCUAGAGAGCAACAUUCAGAGGGCAAACUGUCUCAGCGUCUCAGAGGCUCUACAGACAUCAGAAUACCAGGCAAGAUGAGCAGAUCCACAGUUUGGACUCCAGGGUUCUGGUUGGACAUAUUUGAUGAACUGCUUUACGAUGACAAUCAGCUGGACUAUGGAGAUGUAUGGUGUCUGAACUUUAACUACACACAGACAGACGAAGUCACCAAAGAACAGAGGAAGAAAGGCUGGAAAGUGUACUCCCAUUGUGCCUACGGACAUUUCCAGUGUGGAGUUUGCCGUAAGACCUGGCCUUCGGCUCGAGUGGUGCUGCUGUUCCGUUACCGGCUGCGAAAUGGCCGAGGUACGGUGAUCAUGCGGCCCUUUGGUCAGGCCUGUCGUCGUUGCCAGGAUGGGGAAUUUUAUCUCCCAGGUUUCACCCAGAAAGAAGUGGAGCAUGCUUUGGUCAGGCUUUUUUCCAAAAUUCGAAAAAAUUGCUACAGGGAGGAGGAGGAAAAUGAAGAUGGUUCUUCAGCCUCCUCUACUAAAGUGUGGACCAAGCCCCAUGAGAAAUCCCUGUGUGAGGCCUGUCGUCUGGGCAUUUGCUGUCAGGAGGAUGACUAACAGAGAUGUUCUAUCUUUCUCAGUUUCGACAGACUUUUUCCUUGAUAUUUUAUGAUUGUUUACAUCAUUAUGUUUGUCAGAUAUUAGUGUGACAUGGAUUUAUGUAUGACACAAUAUUGAGACCAGAAAUGAGCUUAUAUCAUUAAAAAAAUUAUGCUUUGAGGUUUAAGCAAACCAUACAUUUUUGGCUUUGUUUUAAAGUGCUUAUCAUGAGUUUUUUUUUGAGUAUGAUAAACAUAUUGUACAUUUGACACUUAUGCAAUCAUGGUAAUUAUAAAUGUUUAUUCCUACUUUAUGAUGAUUUUUACUUUUUAUGAUUUGAUAAAGGGGGCUGCACGGUGGCACAGUUGGUAGCACUGUUGCCUUGCAGCAAGAAGGUCCUGGGUUCAAUUCCCAGCUGGGGGUCUUUCUGCAUGGAGUUUCCAUGUUCUCCCUGUGCAUGCAUGGGUUCUCACUGGGUACUCUGGCUUUGUGUGGUGUUGUUGGCAACUGGCCACUUGUUAGGAUGAUUUGAUAUAAAAAUAAUAUAUAUUGAUAUGAGUCUUAAUAUGUUUGUCUGCCAUUCAAUCCUCAUGUUGUAAAGAUUGUUUAUAUACAUAUCUCAAUAAAUAUUUUUAAAUA